CGCAGUCCUCUUUGACUUUCAAACAUGGCCGCAUUCACGGAGGCAGAAGCAUAACAUGAACAUAUCUGGAGUUGUGGUAUCUCAUAUUUUUAUUUAAAGACCUGCCAGAGGGCAGGUCCGACCCGACAUGUCGGAGAAGGAGGCCGGUAAAGGGAAGGAGAGUGCCGGGGAGAAAGGUUACAGGACACCCGGGCUGAGGGGCGCGCAGACCACCACACUGUUCCGGGCCGUCAACCCCGAGCUCUUCAUCAAACCUAACAAACCGGUGAUGGCGUUUGGACUGGUCACCAUCACCCUCUGUGUGGGAUACCUGGGCUACAUGCACGCCAUGAAGGAGAACGACCAGCAGCUGUACGAGGCCAUCGACAGCGAGGGAGAGAGAUACAUGAGGAGGAAGAGCUCCAAGUGGGACUGAUGACACACACAGAGUGUGUGUGUGUGUGUGUGUGUUCUGUACGGACAGAGUGAAUUAAAGCCUGGCUGGACUGAAACAAGUCGCCUGUUGUCUGCCUCUGUUCCACAGGUUGAAGUCAGGACAAGAAGCAUCACAUCACAGACACCAUGUGCAGUGUGUCUCUGUUCAUAGCAUUCAGCUGGAGCUCACUGGCUUUUGGACUGUUGGUCAAGACAUUUAAAGACACGUAUUUCCAAUAAAACGUAUUAAAACA